AUGGCUGCUGGAGGUCCAGUGAAAGAGCUGUGCGAGGAAGCCACUUGCUCCAUCUGCCUGGACUUUUUCAGCGACCCGGUGAGCAUCGCCCAGUGCGGCCACAGUUUCUGCCGCACCUGCCUGGCCCGCAGCUGGGGGGAGUCCGGGGCGGAGGCUUCCUGCUGCCCCCAGUGCAGAGGAGCAGCUCAGGCAGGGGCGCUCCGUCCUAACCAGCAGCUGGCCAGCUUCGUCGAAAUAGCCAAGAAAUUCAGCCCUCGGUGGGGGAAAAAGGCAGCAGCGGAAAGGGGAGAAGAAAGGGAGGGGGUCUGCGCAAAGCACCUGGAGCCCCUGGCAUUUUUCUGCAAGGAUGACGGAGACCCCAUUUGUGUGGUCUGCAGCAGAUCCAGAGAGCACAAAGAUCACGAGGUGAUGCCUCUGGAGGAGGCUUCCCAAGAAAAUAAACUAAUGUUGUUUCUCUUGCUUUAGAAUCAGACAACCAUGGAAGGUGGAAAGGGAAGCAUUUGCGAGAAACACCAGGAGCCCCUGAAACUCUUCUGCAAGAAUGAUGAAGCCCUCAUCUGUGUGAAGUGUGUCACAGAGCAUAAAUACCAUCAAGUAAUUCCUACUGAGGAGGCUUCCCAGGAGUAUAAGGAGGAGAUCAGUAGCUACUUGGAGAUUCUGGAGGAGGAGAAGAAAAAAAUGAUGGCGUAUAAAGCAGACAUAAUGAAGGACAGCCUGGACCUUCUUAAGCAAACCAAAGCAGAGAGGCAAAAAGCAGUGAUCCAGUUCAGGCAACUACACAAGUUUCUGGAAGAACAAGAGAAACUCCUGCUGGCCCAAAUGCAAGAGGUGGAGAAGGAGGUGGCAAGAAAAAGCGAUGAGCUCAUGGCCAAACUGAAUGAGGGAAUGACCUCGUUCGAGAUUAUCAUCCAGGAGAUGGAGAGGAAGUGUCAGCUGCCAGACAGUGAGCUCCUGCAGGAUAUCAAAAGCACCUUGCAGAAAUACGAGGAGAGAGAGAAACUUGAGGUGGUUUUGCCUCCUGCACUGAAGUGGAGCGUCUGGGACUUCUGUGAUAUAAAUCCCUUUCUUGAGGGUGUCAUUAAACAGUUCAAAGACACUGUGCUCAUUGGGCUUCAGCAGCAGAAAGCCAAUGUGAUUCUGAAUCCAGACACAGCUCAUAGCCGGCUCACUGUCUCUGAGGAUCGUAAAAGCGUGAAAUGGGGACCCAAGCAUACACUGCCCCCAAAUCCUGAGAGGUUCAAAGAUAAGGAGUUUGUGCUGGGAUGGGAGGGGUUCACGGCAGGCCGACAUUUCUGGGAGGUCAAUGUGAAAAGCGAUGGUGAAGAAUGGGGGGUGGGAGUUGCCAGAAAGUCAGUGAGCAGAAAAUGGUUAACAGUUUCUCCUGAGGAAGGGAUAUGGACUAUGAAGAAGGCCCACGAUGGGUACAAAGCUGUUGAGCAGUCUUCACCUUCGUGUCUGUCUCCAAGUGGGGAGCUCAAGAGGAUCCGAGUCUCUCUCAACUACUCUGGGGGGCGGGUGGCCUUUUUUGAUGCUGACAGAGCAGCCCCUCUCUAUGCUUUCUCAGGUGCCUCCUUCUCUGGAGAGGCUGUCCAUCCCUUCUUUUGGGUUUGCCAAAGCACUCAUCUCAUACUCUCUCCUUAUUGUGGUUGA